AUGAAGUUUGAGAACAUUCUUGCUGAGAUUAAUGGAUUCGGAAGAUUUCAGGUAAUGAUCAUUGUGAUCAACUUCAUCGGCCGCUUCACGCUGCCCUGCCACUUCAUGCUCAGCAACUUCAUAGCAGCUGUUCCCGCUCACCACUGUGACAUCAGCUCUCUGGACGAUGGGGGUGUUUUUAUGAAUUUAUCUCAUGCCGAGAGGCUUGUUGUUAGUAUUCCGGUCCAGCAGGAUGGGACUCCAAGCUCCUGUUCCAUGUUUACGGAGCCUCAGUAUCAUCUGCUGUUGAAUUUCUCUGACAUUACUGACGCACCCACGGUGCCGUGCCAGAAUGGAUGGGUGUACGAUAACACCACCUUCAAGUCCACUCUGACCUCAGAGUGGACCUGGUAUGGCCGAAGGAUCAUGCUGCUGGUAUCUUAUGUGUCUGGAAUGCUGUUUGCUAUUGCGAGUGCAUUUUCUACGACCUACGUGAUGUUCGCAGUGCUGAGGUUCUUCACUGGCUUUUGCAUCACUGGCAUCGUCAUCGUCUCACAAGUGCUCAGUGUGGAGUGGGUGGACAUUGAGCACAGGAAAGUGGUGGGCGUGAUCGACAGCUUAUCCUGGACAGUUGGGAACAUAGGCUUUGCAGCUAUUGCCUAUUUUGUGAAUGAUUGGCGGUGGCUGAUUACAUUAGCCACUAUCAUCGUGACUGACAAAAGAGAUCGUUCCUAUUCCUACCUCGACUUAGUGCGAACACCUGAGAUGAGGAAGCUGGCCCUGCGCACUGGUCUGUUAUGGUAUUGCAUUGCAAACGCAUAUUAUGGCAUCAGCCUCAACAUCGCAAGCUUUGGGCUCAGCUUGUAUCUCACUCAGUUAACCUACGCUUUAAUUGAGCUGCCAUGCAAACUGUCAAACUACUACUUGCUGGAUAGGGUGGGCAGACGGAGCACUGAGGUGGGAGCUCUGCUGGUUACUGGGGCCUGUCUUGGAAUCAACAUCCUGAUACCAAAAGAUAUGUCUGUUGCCCGAACGGUGGUAGCCAUCAUUGGAAAAGGGUUUUCUUCAGUAUCCUUUGCAACUGUUGUGCUGUACAGCUCUGAGCUGUAUCCUACUGUAGUGAGGCAGAACGGUAUGGGCUACAACUCCUUCAUGGGUCGCUUUGGUGUAGCUGUGGCUCCUCUGAUCCUUUUACUGGACGAGGUCUGGAAGGAUCUGCCCCAGGCCGUCUUGUGCUGCACAGCUUUCCUCGGGGCAAUGGUGGCAAGAACGCUGGCUGAGACCCGCAACAGGUGCCUGCCCGAGACCAUCGAGGAUGUUGAACAGAAGCAGUAG